AUGGCACCUCCAUCACUAGACACAUUGCCGGUGGAGAUCCUCAGCUCCAUUUUUCGUCUUUUGGACCCCAUCGGCCUCAUAUCUGCCAGCCAGACCAGUUCACAGUUCCGCCGCAUCAUCAAACCCAAUCGACCUAAUUUUGUGGAAAGACUGCUCGCUCUCGAAUCCCGCGAGAAGGAGGGCGGGCCGGCCCUUCACUUUCGCCCAAGAGGCAACCAGCUCACUCCGGACUGGGGGAGCAAAGAAUGGGAGGCAAUGCGCUGGGUUUGCGCCGGCUGUCUUCGCCUGCUUCCGCACAUUGAGUUUGACAACCACUCUCUCCUCCGUCUGGGCUAUCGCAAGCCUAUCCCAAAUUCCCGAGCGGCCAACUUUGCCACGAGUUGGGAGUCGACUGCGCACCACAAUUCUCGAAAAGCGCGUCGGCAGCUCAAGAAGGCAUCUGCAUAUAAAGAGGAAGCACGCCUACUACAUCAGAGAUAUGGCGUUGCGACAAUGCGGAAUGGGCCUCGAAGUAGGUGGGAUCUUCACCCGGUCAGGCGAGCCGAGCGACUAGAGGAGUUUCAUGAUUGCGGCAUGACCUCGUUCCAGGACAUAACGAUAUGGGACUACUAUGAUGUAACAGAGAAGGAGGAGGAGGCUCUUCUGGACUCGGAAGCGUUCGCCGUUGAGCUGGUGCGCUGCGGGUUCAAGCGCCAUCUACGUCGGUGCAACGAGUGCAAGUACCAACGAAACCAGAUUCGUCGACCACGACCUGACGGGUAUGGAGGCACGGCCCGAUUCCCGAUUGUGCCCAGCCGGACCAUUUCCUAUCCUACCCUCACAGACCGCUACUUUCCUGGAUUCUGGGAGCUCCUGGAAACCGAAAGACCGGCCUCCAAUCCACCCGUGUUUUUGGUCUACCGCGAAGAAGCCCGCGACAGGCCCUGGACUAUGUACCAGGCUCGGUGCCCUCGAUGUGAACGCUGGAAGGAGAUACGGCAGUUCCGCAUAGGCGAACUAUACCCGCACUGGCAGCCCACCCAAGGAUAUAGCAAUUGGGACCGCACGCCGUUCACCAAGUCCUUUUUUGACAAUGCGCACUGCAACAGCUGUUUUGUGCAAGCGAACGGCCGCGAGGAGCUGGGCAAGGCUCUGAUGGAAUGGUUGCGCUGCAUCAUCAAUGUGGACUUGGGCUUGACGGGGAACUACCUCCAACGAGGCUUCGGCUUGUUCACCCACAGGGUGGGCUCUGCACCCUAUCAAUACAGGACUGAGAUUAGGCAGUUGCUAGUAGAUUUGCAGCCGAUUCUUGACGACGCACAUGACAGGCUGCACCGCGGCACGGUCGCAUUUCUGAGGUUGCGUUUCACCCAUUUGAUGAAUGUCCGAGAACGGGCGAUCCAGGAGGGCAGAACGAAGUGGCUUUCAGAAAACCCCUGGGAGUUGUUGUGGCGGACCAACUAUGAUGAACUUGAGGCUCAGUGGCUUUGGCUGAAAGGCUUCCAGGAGGAGCUGGAGAUGAAGCGCGAAUUCUUGGUCGACUGGGCGCUUCAAGACUCGUAG